AUGUUGCUGGUUAUUAUUAAAGAUACAAAAUCUGAACCCAACUUGAUUCUGGUUGCAUUUAGAGGAACAAUUCCAUUUGAUGCUGAGCAAUGGAAAACAGACAUAGAUAUCUCAUGGUUUGACAUACCUAACGUGGGUAAGAUACAUGGUGGGUUCAUGAAAGCAUUGGGCCUUUUAAAGAACCGUGGAUGGCCCAAAGAGAUAGACGAAAGAGGUGCGUAUCGUUAUGCUUACUACACAAUUAGAGAGGAGCUUAGAGCAGUAUUGAGGGAAAAUGAGGAUGCAAAAUUCAUAUUGACAGGGCAUAGUUUGGGAGGAGCAUUGGCUAAUUUGUUUAUUGCUGUGCUUAUAUUCCAUGAGGAAGAAUGGUUGUUAGAAAAGUUAGAAGGUGUUUAUACAUUUGGGCAGCCAAGAGUAGGAGACCAGAAGUUUGGGGAGUUCAUGAAAAGCAAGAUGAAAAUGUAUGAUGUUAAGUGUUUUAGAUAUGUUUACUGUAAUGAUUUGGUUCCUAGGGUUCCUUAUGAUGAUCAAUCCCUCUUUUAUAAGCACUUCAGCCCUUGCCUCUAUUACAAUAGUUUGUACCAAGGGAAGGUAUGA